CAGUUUCAGUAACACCUCUGCCGGACCGACGACGGCAUGUCUUGGUUCGCUUCCUUCGUCAACGUCCUCGUGAACGGCCGCGAGGCUGAGCGCCGCCCCGAGGACGACGGGUCCGUCCGGUUCCCCUCGUCAUCAUCAGAGACGGACUCUUUCGACGAUUCGGACGACGAGGUCCGCUUCGCCGAUAUCGACGGCCAUCUCCUAGAGGAGGCCGAAGACCUCGAGCCGGACGACGACCCCAUCCCGGAAACUGCAAUAGAGACGUACCAGGAUUCCGAUUCUGAAGGUGUGGCGAGGAGCACCUCGCCUGCUGCCGUGUACGCGACCGUGUCCCGUCCCGAGUGGGAGAGGAGCAGGUUCGAGUUCCCGUUCCCCGUCCUGGAGUUGCGGGGCCCGACGCCCCCGGAGCCCGACUUCCCGGAGUACGAGCCAUCGAAGACGUCCGCGUUGGGACGACAGCUCUCCUCCCUCGCCCUGCCCGAGACGGGACUGGAAAAGGGGGCGAAACGGCUCUGGGGGAGCUUCCAGAAGCUGGCCACACCCCAGGCGUCUAGGAUCAAGAGGAGGUUUGCCCAACAGCCAGUUUUCCAACACCAGGGCCAGAGCGGAUUCGAGGACCUCCGACGUCACGUGAAACAGGGCGGCGACUUUUCCAAAGAGCUUGCCUCCAUCCUCCAAGAAAGGUCUGAGGCGGAAGCUCAGUACGCCAAGCUGCUUGCGAGGCUGUCGGCCAAAUUGGCCAAGGCGACGAAGGAGCUGAGCGGGACGGUCAACUCGACCUGGCACCGGAUCGGGAUCGAGAUGGAGAACGAGUCCGAGAUACACAGGAGCUUCGCCGCCUCGCUCACCGAGAACCUUGUCAAGCCGCUGAGGAGCCUCACCGAAUCACAGCACAGGAUCAGAAAAUCAGUCGAACUCGCCGUAGAUAAAAGUGCAAAAAAUUUGGCAGAGUGGAGGGCGGCCGAGGCCAAGGCGAAAAAGCACAGCUUCGUGAGCGCGAGGGACAACGAGAAGCUCCGCGACGGCGUCGACGUGAGGAACCGCAUCUCGGGCAGCUCGCUUCACAUUUCAAAAGCCGCCAGUGAAAAGGACACCACGAAGCUUGAGUCGAAGAGGAAGAAGGCAGAGGAGACAGUGAAAAAGGCCGAUGUGGAGUACUACAACCUCUGCCUCAGGGCCGAGAGGUCGAGGCUCGAAUGGGAAUCCGCCAUCGUACGAGGGAGCCAUUGUUUCGAGGUGAUGGAAGACGAAAGGCUCAAGGGGCUGAGGACGCUGGCCGACCUGUACGCCAAAUGUUUCAAACAGACCGCCCCGAAAUUAACUCAGAUAGGAGAAAGGAUAAGCGACCCUCUGGAGGCGAUCGACGUUUCGAAGGACAUGCAGGCGGUGGUGUGCUUGAGGGUGGCGACGGAACCGUCCCACGAACAGAUCCUGCCGGACUUCUACCCGGAGCAGCUAACCCUAGCCAUGAACCGCGAUAGGCGGAGGCAGGCGAUAAUCAAACUCUUGCAGCUUGUCAAAGGCGACCUAGAGAGAGAAAGGCGAGGUAAGGCCGGUGUUGAGAACCUCGUACUCGCUUUUAAACAGACACCCACAUUUACUAGCGAAGACUCGCAGCAUAAUGUCACUGACAAGCUCCAACACAUGAAAUCGAUGCUGGCAUUCCUCGAGGCAACGAGGUACAAACUGCAGUCGGCACUGGCAGAGAUUGAAGGCACCCCCAUACCUGGCCACCCACUCGCUCCGCACAUACACAUCUCGAGGGACAGGCAAGGUUAUAGGCAGUCGACGCUCAAAGUGCCCUCUUGGGUCCAUGACACCGCCUCCGAACCAACAUCAGAGCAGCACAUCUGGAUUGACAGAGGCACCGCCGAUGGUACUGCGACCCACACAGAUAGCGAUUUCGACGAGUUUUCAAGCCAAGGAAGCGAAAAGGGCGACGAGAAUGCAGUUGUAGCAGAAGUCGUCCCAUCAUGCACGCCGCAGCGUUGCAAGGCUCUCUACAACUACAAGGCCAAACUCUACGACGAGCUCGACCUCACACCAGGCGACAUAAUCAACAUCCAUGACAAGCAGGUUGACGGCUGGUGGCUCGGCGAGCUCAACGGCACCGUCGGAAUAUUUCCAGCAACUUACGUUGAAGAAUUGUAAACUGAUUGUAAAUAAAAACAAACAACAACAACAAAGCCAAAUUUUUAAAACACAAAUUGUACAUAAGAUAAAUAAUUUAAUAAUUA